GUACCUCACCCACUCUCACCCCCCACAACUUCAAACCCAAACCCUCGAUCACCACCGCCCAAAUACCACACCCACCACGUGUCAGUCAUCCCACCGCGAGUGCCGACCCACACUGGCAUCCCCGACCGUAGAAUCCCCUGCAAGAGAAAAUCACGAAUUCACCGAAAAAUUCCAGCAAAUAAAUUCUAAAAAUUGCAGAGAAAAUUUAGGGAGUCAUCCUUUUUUUCCUUCAGACAAAAUAAAAAUUUCGAUCCCUCCUGACUUUUCCCUCUCUUUUCCACACCACCACACCUUGGAGGGAAAACGCUCUCAAAUCCCAAACCCCAAAACCCCUUCUUUCAUCAAAAUUAGGGUUUCGUUUCUGCUCCAGCUUCACAAAGCCGCGAUCUUUCUCGCCUCUCCGUUCGCCGAUUCACCACCCCUGUUUCGGGAACUGUGCCCGCCGCUUCGGGUUUGGGAUUUUGGCAGCUUGAUUUCAGUUCAGACUUCUCAAAAUCAAGUUUGUUCAAGGUUGAAAUGCAAACAAGGAAAAAAAGUUCUGGAAGAACUGCUUCUAGAGAGCAUACCAGUCCCAAGGUUACAAGAGCUCAGAAGAAAACACAUGAAAAUGUCAAAGUAUUGGAUACCAAAGUUACAGAUAUGAUUACAUCUUCAUCCAGAAAGCAGAGACUCGGUGGGACUCAUAAGAAGAAUGAGGAGCCUGUUACUGCAAGCACUUUAAGUACAAAUUAUGACUUGCUGCUUAAUGAGACUGCCGGGGCUUGUUUGGGGCAUGAUGCUUUAAGUGAUGAUUGCAAAGAGAAUAAGGGUUGUGAGGAGGGUGCUGCUGAUUGCGUUCUGGGAACUAUAUUUUCUCCUGCCUUUCACAUACCGAAACAUGCUGGUGGAGAAUCUGCCAAUGGAGUUGAUUUUGUUAAAUUCUUUCAAAAUGGAGAUCACAAUUUCCAUAAAGAGAUGGAAAUAAAGUACUCACCCGAUGAUGCACACCAUGGUUAUGUUGGCCAAGAGACAUCUGAGUCCACUGUUCGAAACGAGAACAACUACUGUGAGAACUCAUUAUCUUCUGUAACUAUAACAUGUCCUGUUGUGGAGGCAACCAAUAUUUCUUCUGAAGUCUCAGCCAUAUAUCUUGCCAUGAAAAAUUCCAAGUUGGAAUGUUUAGAUGAGCAUGGUCAGGAACCUAUGUCAACUGAUUUGUACGUGGAUGAUGAUGAGAGCGAGGAAUUUGAUGACUUUGAUCCUUACUUAUUUAUCAAGAACUUACCUGACUUGUCCUCAGUUGUCCCCACUUUUCGGCCGUUGCUGCUGCCUAAGCAGACUCGAAGUUGUCCUCCUACAAGUCUUGUUUUGGACUUGGAUGAAACUCUGGUACAUUCCACACUAGAACCUUGUGAUGAUGCAGACUUCACAUUUCCCGUAAAUUUUAACCUACAAGAGCAUACAGUAUAUGUUCGAUGCCGUCCUCAUCUCAGAGAUUUUCUGGACAGAGUUUCGCUUCUUUUCGAGAUCAUUAUCUUCACAGCUAGUCAAAGUAUCUAUGCAGAGCAGCUUCUAAAUGUGCUGGAUCCGAAGAGGAAGAUUUUUCGCCAUCGUGUUUUUCGUGAUUCCUGUGUUUUUGUGGAGGGGAAUUAUCUCAAAGAUUUGUCGGUUCUUGGCCGUGAUUUGGCACGUGUUGUCAUAGUCGACAACUCUCCACAGGCAUUUGGGUUCCAAGUGGACAAUGGAAUACCGAUUGAGAGCUGGUUUGAUGAUCGUUCUGAUACAGAAUUACUUUCAUUACUUCCUUUUUUGGAAAGCUUGGUUGGAGUAGAAGAUGUUCGACUGCUAAUUGCAAACAAAUUCAACCUCCGGGAGAAAAUAGCUACUGCUGAUUAUCCACUAAACUCAAAUAGAGGUGAUUCUUUAGUACCAAUGUGAAUGACCAGUUCUACAGUUUGAAAUCUCUUUUAGCUGUUUUCCUGUAAUUUUAGAUUAUUGCUACUGGGAACAGUGUUCUGUUUGUUGUGAAGUUACGCGGGUCAGAUACAAGGGAGACUGGUAAACUGCUGACAGAUAAUCAGCUUAGAAAUAAGGUUCUUGAUAAUUUAAAGGUUUAUAUAUGUUGUUUUAAGUGUUAGAAAUAAGAAUGUUCUUUGUUGUACAAGUCUGUAUGUCAAAAUAACUGACAGUUUUUGUUGUCUUUGAUGGUAGAAGAGGAAUUUAGAAAAAAAGUAGAUAUAAAUGUUACGGCAAGUUUUAUUCUAUGA